AUGUCUCAGCAUCACUAUGUAUUCAAGUACAUCAUCAUUGGUGAUAGUGGUGUGGGGAAGAGUUGCCUUCUGCUGCAGUUUACAGACAAGCGCUUUGAGCCGCUGCAUGAUCUGACAAUUGGUGUAGAGUUUGGGGCUCGUGUGGUGACGAUUCAGCAGAAAAACGUGAAGCUUCAGAUUUGGGAUACGGCGGGGCAGGAGAGUUUCCGCAGCAUCACUCGGAGCUACUACCGUGGUGCCUGUGGUGCGCUUCUUGUGUACGACGUCACACGUCGC